CCUCCGCCGCCUCAGCUUCCCGAGCGAGCCCUGCGGCCGCCGGAGCAGCUCCCGCGGCGGAGCAGGAGCCGGAUGGUCAGAGGAGCCCGGCAGCCCCAGCAGCCGAGGAGUCGCCUGGCCCCCAGACUGACUGGCACGGUGGAGAAACCACCUCGAAAACGGAAAAGCAGGACUGAAUUUGCUCUUAAAGAAAUCAUGUCCUCUGGAGGUGCUGAAGAUGAUAUCCCACAGGGAGAGAGGAAAACAGUUACAGAUUUUUGUUACCUUCUGGAUAAAUCUAAGCAACUGUUCAACGGAUUAAGAGAUUUGCCACAAUAUGGGCAGAAGCAGUGGCAGUCCUAUUUUGGAAGAACUUUUGAUGUUUACACCAAACUCUGGAAGUUCCAGCAGCAGCAUCGACAAGUCUUGGAUAAUCGGUAUGGCUUGAAGCGGUGGCAAAUAGGGGAAAUUGCUUCUAAGAUUGGGCAGCUAUACUACCAUUAUUACCUACGCACAUCUGAGACCAGCUAUCUGAAUGAGGCUUUCUCCUUCUAUUCGGCAAUCAGACAGAGAUCAUAUUAUUCUCAAGUCAAUAAAGAGGACAGACCUGAGUUGGUCGUUAAGAAGCUUCGAUACUAUGCAAGAUUUAUUGUAGUUUGUCUUCUUCUCAACAAAAUGGAUGUUGUGAAGGAUUUGGUGAAGGAAUUGUCAGAUGAAAUUGAAGAUUAUACUCACCGCUUUAAUACGGAAGAUCAAGUGGAAUGGAACUUGGUGCUUCAAGAAGUGGCAGCUUUCAUUGAGGCGGACCCCGUAAUGGUAUUGAAUGAUGAUAAUACCAUUGUUAUCACAUCUAAUCGCCUUGCGGAGACAGGAGCACCAUUGCUGGAACAGGGCAUGAUUGUGGGACAGUUGUCUCUGGCUGAUGCGCUCAUUAUUGGUAAUUGUAAUAACCAGGUUAAGUUUAGUGAGCUGACUGUCGACAUGUUCCGGAUGUUACAAGCCCUGGAAAGGGAGCCAAUGAAUUUAGCUUCCCAGAUGAAUAAACCAGGAAUGCAGGAAUCAGCUGAUAAACCUACCAGACGAGAAAACCCCCACAAGUAUCUGCUCUACAAACCAACCUUCAGCCAACUCUACACGUUCUUAGCAGCAUCUUUUAAGGAGCUGCCUGCCAAUAGUGUACUUCUGAUUUACCUGUCAGCCACUGGCGUUUUCCCCACAGGUCGUUCUGAUAGUGAAGGUCCUUAUGAUUUUGGCGGAGUACUUACUAAUAGUAACCGGGAUAUUAUAAAUGGAGAUGCCAUCCACAAACGAAAUCAGUCCCACAAGGAGAUGCACUGCCUUCAUCCUGGAGACCUCUAUCCUUUCACAAGGAAGCCACUGUUUAUUAUCGUGGAUUCAUCCAACAGCGUUGCAUACAAGAAUUUCACAAACUUAUUUGGACAGCCACUAGUCUGCUUGCUUUCUCCUACAGCAUAUCCAAAGGCUUUACAAGAUCAAUCUCAACGAGGUAGCCUCUUCACUCUCUUUUUGAACAAUCCUCUAAUGGCCUUCCUAUUUGUCUCUGGAUUGUCAAGCAUGCGCAGAGGCCUAUGGGAAAAGUGUCAAGAAUAUCUUCGAAAAAUCAACCGCGAUAUUGCCCAGCUACUGACCCAUUCACGUUCAAUAGAUCAGGCAUUUCUCCAGUUUUUUGGAGAUGAGUUUCUUCGCUUGCUCCUCACAAGAUUUAUCUUUUGUUCAGCCACCAUGAGGAUGCACAAGAUUUUUCGGGAAACGCGAAAUUAUCCAGAAUCAUACCCACAACUGCCGAGGGAUGAAACAGUGGAAAACCCUCAUCUCCAGAAGCACAUUCUGGAAUUAGCGUCCAUUCUGGAUGUUCGAAACGUGUUCCUCGAGAGUACCAUAGAUGACUAUUAAAACAAAAACCCUCUUGUUGAAACAGUUUUUCAUUUGCCACAGAUUUUACAUGGUGCAGUUUUAUAAUGUGAUGACAGACACAUAGUGGUGUUACUUAGUUUUAAUUUUUUUAAUUUAAGGCCACCAUUUUAAAAACAAACAAAAAAUUGGUCAAACUUUUAGGGUAACCGUUUUAAAAUACAGUCUUUCAAGUCUUUUAAAAAACUCAAUUAAUCUUGGAAUUUUUACUUUUCAGUUUUGAGGUACAGCUGCUUACCUCCAACAUUUAACCCUACACACAAACAGUCACUGUUCUCACCCUCAGAAGAGUAAAUCAUUUAUUUUUAUAUAAUGAGGAAAAUCCAGCUCUUGUACUUGGACCUUAAAUGUGUGGAUUUAGGAAAUAUCUCAUUGUUCACAAAGAUGAAACUAGCCAGCAUGGACUAUUAAAAAUCAAGAACAGAGUCUUUCCAUAAUAUUUCUUUUCAUUCCAACUUAGUAGGGUAGUCAAAUGUAUGAUUCUUUGAAGAAUAAUCGAGGCAAUUUUUGAAAUCAUUUAAUUCAUUAAAUACUGUCACAAUUUCAGAAACUGUAUAGGAUCGAUUUGCAUCUUAAAUUUUUAAUUGGAGUCUUAAGAUGAUAAAUAUCACUUGGAAUGUGUGAUCCCUGUGUUAUCAUGAGCUAUGCUGGCAUAUUUUGUUUUCUUUAUAAUCUGAAUACUGGAAAUGACGAAAAGUAUUUCAGUCAGAAAAUCAGAUUGUUGGUUUCAUAAUACGAUUUUUCCAUGAGGAAUUCUAUUUAAACUCUUAAUUCACGAUAUCAGGUUUAAAGAUUAUCCAGAUUGAAGGCUGUGGCAUAUAGUACAGAGUUUAUAAUCUUUUUGCCUAGUUCACAUUUAUGAAACUUCAAAGUCAGAGAUGUCAGUAAUUUUAGUUGGGGGCAACUGAAUUGUUUAACUUAAAAUGGAAGUAACUUUUGCAUUGACAAUUUGGAAAUAAGAUUUUUAAGAACUCCUUAUAUUUAAUAUUUUAUAUUUUAUAUUCAUGCACAAGUUUUUUUUAUUAUU